AUCGGCGCAGCAGCGGCAGUGUUGCCCAACUGCUCUGCUGAGUCAUAUGAAAAGGUGGUCCGUGCCCGUGCGAGGAAGUAUUGACGGUGUAUUUGCAUGAGAAUGACUUGUUCGUAGGCCUUGUUUGUGUCUUAAAACACUUUGGUGGAUGUUCGUUGUUUUCUAAUUGAUGUGCGAACUGUUCUUGACGUGUACGCGCGUGUAUAAAUUAUAUUUAUUGCAGAUCUCAAUUCUACCGUGCCGGGUGGUUUGACAGUUCUAGCUUUACUUGUGUGUUGUGUAGCUGUGAAAUGUUAGUUGUUGUUCAUAAAACUGUUGUGUCACGUUGCGCAGUAAAUAAGAAACUCAUCAGUGUGCAAUGAAACGGAACUGUUAUUUUAAAUCACUUCUUCACUUUUUCCUCUCAAACAUUACCUACCAUAACCUUAUUUCAUAAUACCAGCUAGUGGUUUGGAAAAGGUGAAUCUAAUGAUAAACGAAGAAGCGUGGGAAUUUUUAAAUGUGGACAUGGGUGCACGAAGAGACGAGUGCAUAUUGUCAUGAUGCUGUGAAACGAAAGUGACAGUUUUUUAGAGGAAUAAGUUAAAAGGGAGCCCUGAGAGGGCGGAUAUUUUCUAGACAAAAGUCUAAUUUUCUGUGAAAAAUAUGGCUUUGUUGUGUUUGAAGAAAGUGUGUCGAGAUGAAUUACUCCAGUUGGCUAUUAUUCUUAGCCUUCUGAGAGUGGAUCCUGAAUCUCUCCUGGGAUACAAUGUUCAUCCUUUUGGUGUUGGUAUUCAUAACUUAACUGAUGGGACUAGCUGGUCUCAUAGUUAUGCUGAAACUCUCAUUCAACGUAGGUUAUAUUUACAUCCAAAAAGUUUAGAUUCAGUUCUUCUUAAUUAUGAAAGAGAAGUAUUUGAAGAUCUCAAUGCCCUGGGGCGUUACAACAGGAUAAAUUCUCAUAGUCAAGAUGUAACAGCUUAUUUAUUGAAUGUUGAUGGUAAUGGAGUUCCAAGCUCAGACAUUGAUAGUACUAGUGCAUCAUCAAGUUCAAGCGUCCCAUCAGGUGUUGAGAGGCCGCGCCAUUUCGAUGAGCCAUCAACAAGCAGAGCAGCCCUUAUGUUGGAUGACCUCAAUGAUCCCACCUUAGAUGACUUUCGUGACGCUGCUGAGUUGACUCAAGAGGUAAGAGGAAAGAAUACCUUGUCUCGGAGGAAAGGAUAACUAGUGUGGUGAGUAACUAGAUUCGUUAACUGAUAUAUUUGGAUUACCUAUGAAGAGAUCUUUCAAAGCACUUCCAGAGAGGGAACACGGGCAAGAGGGCUAUAUUGGGGGUUAUUCCGAACGGAAAUCGUCUUGACGUGCGCACUGAUCGUGCGAUCAGGCAAGAAAAUAUUAAUGACUAAAGAAAAGAAAAAAAAAAUAUAUAAUAGCUCCACCCAAAUUUAUCGUUGGUACCAAUCGGCAAACUAUAAAAUUUCCAGCGUACCUUUAGGAAUCAAUGACCAUUGCGAUUGUAAAAGAACAGAAACAAAAAUUGUUUAAUUUUGGAAAAAAGAAAAAGAAAAAAAAAAGAAAAAAAAAGAGCCUAAUAUGAACUUUACGUCAUAUUAAAGAGUGCGAUUACCACUAACCGUUCGAAAAGUUUGAAGAAAC